AGGGCGAUGCACACACCAACAGCAAUACACUUUAAACUUCACGAGGCGGCUAUCAUGCUUUCCGUAUCUUUGAUCAACAUUUGAAGUCUUGAGAGAUGUUUUUCCGAAGCCUGGACACAAGCAACACUUCUGGAUAGGAGGCAUUUGAAGCAGAAAUGGACAAUUUGAAUAAGAGUCUGGGGAAGGUUUCAAUAGGAGUGCCAUCUAAGCCUUCUAUUUUCACUUUUGUGCCAGUGGUGCGGAAAUUACCAAUUGAAAGCAUUAUUACUGAGGAGGACAGAUCGGGAGCUCUGACAGGAAAACCAAAUAAGAACGUAGCUGCGUCCCAUGAGGAAACAACCAGGGAGACCAUGAUGGACGGGGACAUUUUCAAAGCAGAUAAAGUCUUUAUCAAAGACUCUGUGGAGGCAGGAGCAGGAAAAGUAAUCCAACCAGGGACAAAACUACAAUUAAAUCCGUCACCGGAUCACGUGAGCCUCUCUCAAACCAAAGCCUCUCCUUCAGUCAGUGCUCAGUCUGAAAAUACGCUCAACCACGUAGCUGCCGGGAAAGCCUCUAUGGAAACAGCUGUUGAUAAACACAGGGGCAUUUCAUGUCAUGAUACCUCUGGACUUGCUGAGGUUAGCUCGGGUUUCUUUGUAAAUAGAGCGUCUGUGUCAGAAGACAGAACAAGCCCCACAAGCUCCGCAGACCUGUUCCCAACCCCGGCUUCAUCCAGAGAGUCCAUCCUCUCAGAGGCCUCGGACAAAGAGAAGAGCUGGUCGGCAGUGCAGCUUUCCUCUGUAACCUCUCCUGCUUCUUUUAGCCGUACUGUUUCUCCCUGCUCAUCCGUCCUCUCUGGCAUCUUCUCCCCUGCUGUCGUACAGCUCAAGAGGCACUUUCUCGCGCCUGGUUCUAGUCUGGUUCACACCCCUCAAACCUGUUUCUCAUCCUGCGAGAGCCUGUCCUCCUCUGUCUGUCCCCAGUCGCCUCCUCCCCGGCACCGGCCUCCCCUCACCCGACUCUCCCUCCUCACUGCCAUCCUGAGAAAAGGCCGUCUUCCUGUUCUGUCCUCUGCUCUGCAGAGGCCUUACACCCCCUGCUGGCCUGUCAACCCUGUGACCUUGUCCUUCUGUAACGCGUGCUCAGCAGCCUCCAGCGUGGCCUCCAUUCCCCUGGAGUUUUCCUCUCGGUUCUCCUCAUCGGCGUCUAUAGAUAGUCAGAACCACGUUCACAGGGAGCAUAAUAGAUGCGUCACUGCUCCUCCACCUGUGCACUCAGAAGAGCUCAGCAGAGCGUGCCCUCAAACUCAAGUGAAAAGAUGCUCGGAGCAAAUUCGCUCAAGCAGUGCGCCUAGAUGGGAGCAGGUUAUUUCACCCCCGCCAGUGAAGAGCAGCACACUACCCCGAGCUCCACUGCCUCUGUUUUGCUCAAACUUCAAAUCUGUUUCUCCACUAAAGCAUAAAGAAAUAGACUGUGCGACUUCCACAAAACUGCAACACACACACGUCUCCCUUUCCAAGCCCCUUGAGCUGAAGCCCAUCAGCACUCACAAUAACCUUAAAAAUCUCAUCUCCCCGUCCCCUAAACUUAUUAAUGAGCAAGAGAAAUGGAGUCGUCCGCCAAAUUCAUCCCUCUCAAGGCUUCGCUCACUUUCUCAACAGCUGAGAUCUCCACCUGUCUGCCCUCCUCGGCUUCAGCCUUCUCAGUCACGCACACACACGGCAUCACCUCUCCCUCCUUUACAACACACUGCAGGAAGGUGUGAGUCAGGGAGACGCUGCCCUGAUUCCAAAAGUGCCUCAACAUCAGAAGGUUUUCACAGAGCUCACUGUUUGUCUCCUUCCCGCUACACACCCAUCGCUUUCCCCGGAUGGCCGUCACCCACCAGCUCCCCCACGCCUACACCCUCUCCUGCCCCACCAAUCAGAGACCUCACCCCGUCCCCUUCUCUCUCCCUGCGCUCCACGCCCUCCCCAAGGCCGGGGAGUGGAAUAUCAGACUGCAGUGACAGGGAGGGUAAAAAAAGAAAGAAACACAAGAUUAAGUUAAGUUACAAAUCGCUCGCUGCAAUUCCCACAAACACCCUUCUGUUGGAUCAGCAGGCCAUAGACGAGGAGGUAGAGAGAGAAGAGAGUCCGUGUGACACGUUGGACACCCAUGCUGAGAUGUGCUCACCCGCUCAGCUCCGGCAACAGUCAGAGGAACUUUAUGCUGUUAUUGAUGACCUAUUGGCAAAUUCCACUCCAGCAUACAAAACAUCCCGGUCACUGCAGCCCUCCAGGUCAUCGACUACCAACGUUCUGCAGUUUCAGCAGAACAACUCAUCAUUUCCGCAAUCCUUGGGACGUGAAACCAAAUAUGCAUCUUUGAGCAGCUUGCACCCGUCUACUGGUGUGGAAAGAAACCUUAUGGAUCCUAAAAUGACGAAGCCCGGGGUUAUUCGCCCAAUGACGGCCAUUCCAAGACUGACAGUGGAGGAUGAAGAAGAAUUUCAUCCAAACCCCUUCAGACAGUUUGCCAUCAAGCAGACCUUAACUGACAACAAAAAGGUGGAAAACACGAACCUUGAAGAGGCAGGAAAAGAGUUUUACACAAGUUCAAAAGGCCAAACAUUGAGAGAGGAGAGGAAACCUGAAAGAAGAACUCCAUUCUCAGUAUGUGACCUGCAGAUUACAGAGCCUGAAGACCAGAUCACUCACCCUGUGAAAGAUGCUUCAACAUCUUUCAGUCCAACUGAGGGGCGGAUGGAAGCUUUGCAGACUCAUAUUUAAAACAUUAACACUUAUACAGUGAUAAGUGGUGGCAGAUUUACCACUCAAAAUUCUUUGUAAUUUUUUUAAACAAUGGAUCCUUAAUUUCACACAGAGGUAGACAAAAGCAGGCUUCUUAUUUCUAGCUGGCGACCAUCCAUUUUGCCAUCUGAAAUGACAACCAUUGCUGGCAGAUUGUAUCAGCUGUAACCAGCUAGCUAAUAAAGCUAGUUAGUGUUGUGCAUGAACGCACUCAAGGAGCGCUGUUCAUUGAACGUGCUUAUGUUUUUGGUGAGCGGUGAACUGAACUUAUCCGUUUGCAACUAAUGAACGUGAGCGUUGUUCACUCACGCACUGUGUUUUAUGGCACCCAGUGUGCCAGUGUUUUGGGUUACAGAAUGGGAUGCGUCACAGAUUUUUGAAAAGACACAGCAAGCUGAAGCAUCUGACCAGUGUUUGGAAAUAUCUGCGAGUGAAUGAUGUUCACAACAAAUCAUUAGAGUAAGACGAGCCGCAAAGUUACUCCACCCAAGUCAAACUCACAGCAUUUUGUAACGGACAAAAACGGAAGAAAUGAACGUGAACUAGUUAAUUUUCUGGUACUGUGAACUUAGUUCAAAAUUCAAAAUCGUGAACUAUGAACAUGAACUAGUUCAUUUUAAUCUGUGUGAACUGAUCUUUGAGCUAGCUCUUGUAAGGUGUGAACUUGCACAACACUGGUCUUAAAUAUGCACUUGAUGGCUACAUAAAUGACAUUGUGCUAAAAGACUGAGGCUAACGGGCCAUUCAAACAUAUGGACUGAAAAACUUUGACAGCGAUAGGCUGCUAUUUAUUGUGAGUGGGACCUGGCGUUGCAGUCCGGGCACUGCCCGCUGAGAUUACAGAAGUUUAAAAGGAGCCCAGAGACACUACAAGGGUAAGUUGAAAAAAGCUCAACUUUAUUCGAAUCAGCUUGUUUUAAUUCUCAAGGAAACAAAAGCACGGAGUUGUUUACUUCUCUGCUUCACUAGUGGAGUGGGGAUCGCUUCCAACGCAGACACAGGGCUGCAAUUGCGAUCAGUCUCGCCAGCUUGGGCGCCUUUGUUGUUUUAAAACAGUUUUAACAAUGCGUACCACAAAAAAGCUAUUCUCUCAGGAAACAAAUGGCACAACUAGAAAUGAACAACUUACUUGUGUGUAGUACAGCCGCUAUGUCAGAGCGCAACAGUCCAGUUGGAGCAGAGUAUGUAAAUGACUCAGCACAAAUCACACACAGAGCCAUAGCUUCAUGAGAGGCCAGAGACUGCUUUGUAUCUGUAUGUGUGAAUGCAGCGUUAGACCUGGGUUAUGCUGGAAAAAAAACAGGAUAGCAAAAGUGUUUAUACCUGAUCCGAACACACUUGAAGGUGGGGUGAAAAGCAGGCAGUCGUAGAGAGGGGGGAGAUGUGAUAUCAUUUACGGUAAUUAUCAUUUUCACACAGUCUCUCCUGGAAGGCAUUCAGAGUGCUGCACCUGGCCAUACAUAGUUAUGUAAAGAUUAAAAAAAGAAAGUGUGAGAGAUGAUUUCAAACUCUGCUUACUUUCUCACCUCCACACAGCUGACCAAUCACAGCGUGAAGUGGGUGUGAAUGUUGGAUUGUCUGCUUCGGUUACAGAAAUUGUCAGACACAUUCGCCCCAAUACUGACGUUGGAAAGGUGUGGGGGGAGGAGGUUUCCAAAGCUAUUGCAACCGUCUUCAUACUUGCCCCUUAAAGCUGCAUGUCCCGGGCAAAAAGUCAGCAUUGUCACCAGUUGAUGUAAGAAAAGAAACAGCAUUGUUCUUGUAUUGCAGUGAGCUAGUUAAUCCCAGUAUUAUAAGUAUAAUGAUGAAAAAUGAAUUAUCUCAUGAUUGGCUGCGUAGCUUACAUACUUGGACAAGCAAAACAGAGGUUAAUGUUAGCUUUAUGCUUUAUUGUUCAUAUUAUUAAUCAGUAUGUUGAUGUAUGGGGGACGGUGUUUGGGGGACAGGUUUAGCGAACGGUCAAUUGGUGCAAAGCAUCCAAUAGCAAUGAGAGAAAGUUAAACUGUGAUGUGGCCUUGAUUUUUUUUAAAGAAUUAGGAAUGUAAAAGCAUAUGGCCUUUAGAGUGUCUGACAGGCUGUUGAAUUCACAAAUAAUCACGGUAAGGGUCUUUGUAGUAUAACAAAUGUCAUGCAUAUUAUGUAACUCAUUCUCCUCUAAAGAAAAUAUUAUUUUAAUAUUAUGAAAUGAUUUGAGAAAAAACUGUAAUAAAGGACUUCCAUAUCUUCCCGUA